AUGGUCGUUAGGAACGUGGAUACAGACGAAUCCGAUUCUGAAGGGAUUCAAGGAUGCUGUGACACUCCAAGCAUUCCAUACAGAGACAGAUUCUCCGGUGAAUCAGCGGUUGGCACAUCUGAUGGGUUGCAUGUCACCCUGAACCUUACGACCCCCUUACUCAAUGGUUCCUUAGGACAUGUCGACGGUGAACAAGCGGCAUACUUUAACGGAACCACAGAGUAUACCUACCUGAGCGGUGGGACCGAACCGGUUUUCUCAUCAAACACCUCACAAUUUUCAUUUGAAUUCCGCACGUCAUCUUCCAAUGGCGUAAUUUGGUGGGAAUCGGACUGGUAUGGUGCGGAAGCCAGCGAUUUCCUCAUUAUCCACCUCAGAAAGGGUCGAGUUUAUGCUGCUGUGAAUCUCGGAAAAGACAAGCUGAAAUCUGUGACAACAAAUCUCUCCGUAGUCAAAGGAAAAUGGCAUCGAGUUGUCGUUGAAAGACAUGAACAUCGAACUACAGUUAUUGUUGAUGAGAAGGUGACGACAAUCAUUUCGUCUCCUGAAGCCAGUCGACUGGACACGAAUGGCCUAGUCUAUAUAGGUAAGUAG